CCCGGCCUGGCCCCGGCCUGGCCCAAGGCCUGGAAGGCGGCAGUCAGUCUGUGAGUGAGUGCGGCGCUGUGUGGAUACCAACCAGGCAAAAUGCGGCUCUCCGCGAUCAUAGAGCUGCUGCUGAUCUUCCUCUUCCUGGCGUUCGCCGCGUCGAGGGUGAUCGUGCCCUUGGACACGUCGGUGCGACAGAUCGAAGAUGGCAGAGCGUUGAAGAGCAAGGCCUCCCCGGCCAGACAACAGCCCGUGCCCGUGGCGGUGGCGGCCGUGGAGGCGGUCGAGGAGCCCGCCAAGCCCGCCAAGCCCGCCAAGCCCGCCAAACCCAGCAAGCCCAAGAACUGCCACUGCGGCACCGACGUCUGCAGCUGCUGUCGUGACUUCAGGAUCCCCAUCGUGAAGGGGCCAGGAUGCGCCAAAGUGACCUACCUCCAGGGCGACAACAUGAUGGUGACCAUGAGCUUCGGCGAGCGCAUCCUGCAGAAUGUCACCAUUUCCGGCAAGAAGCCCAAGCCCGUGUGCAUGGCCCUGCCCGGCGGCGCCACCAAGUUCUGCGGCCGCGUGUACGGCAUCUCCCGCAAGAACGACCAGUUCAACGCGUGCCUGGGGCUGGAGCUGCGCUCUGACGGCGACGUCGAGGCCUCCAUCCGCGUGUCCUGCUUCCGCUUCGGCCCCGAGGGCGUCCGUCUGGAGCCCGCCAAGCCCAUCCCCGCCCCCGCCAAGCCCGCCCGGCCCGCGCAGGAGGAGGAGGAAGACGAGGACGACGACGAGGACGACGACUACCUCAGCGACGAUGACGAGGACGACGAUGACGACGAUGAUGAUGACGACGACGACGACGAUGAUGACGACGACUUCGACAUCGACGACGAUGACGAAGACGCGGCGUCCCAGGUGGCGGAGUCCGACUCGCCCGACUACACCGGCUUCUCCGUGCUGGGCGACGAGCUGCUCGGAGGACUCUUCGGCACCUCGGACUCGACCGCCACCAAGAAGAAGAAGAAGACGGCGCGGCCCUCGAAGCCCAGCAAGGACAAGAGGAAGAAGGUGAUCAAGCCGCCGCCGGUGUUCAUGCCCACUGAGGUGGCCAACUCCGACCUGGUGAAGCCCGUCAAGUCCACCAACACACGCCGCAAGCCCACCAAAUCUACGAAGAACAAGAACAAGACCAAGACGCCUGCCGCCAGCCCCAGCACGCCCGCGACCACCCCGUCCACCACCACCGUUAUCACGGCCGCGCCCAGCAACAGCCCCGCGCUCGCCCAGGACGCCGUGACCGCCGAGUCCCUGCACGAGGAGCCCGUCACCUCCACGUCCUUCACCGUGAGCGUAGUCCAGGGCCAGGGGCUGGCCGAGGAGGCCACGACCGAGGACCUGGCUCUGCAGCCGGACGCGCAGCAGGACCCGCAGGACAGCAUGGCGGUGGAGAGCCAGCAGGCCGUGCAGUUCGUGGUGCAGCCCGACGCCGCCGACAAGGAGGUCGCCCCGGCCGCCGCCUCUGGCGCCGACGCUGACGAGAAAGAAGACGACGAAGAUGACGAUGAGGACGACGACGAACUCGGGGACCAGGCCACCAUCAAGACCUCCCCCAUCGUGAUCAGCAGCCACGUGAUCGCCGAGGACCGCACGCCAGCCGGAGCCAAGAAGGAGGAGGAGGACGACGACGAUGACAGCGUGACCGGGCUGCUGCAGGACGGUGCGACCAGCGUCCUCGGCGACGAGGACGACGACGAUGACGACAACGAGGACGAUGACGAUGAUGACGACGAUGACGAUGAAGACGACGACGGCGAUAAGAAGAAGCCGGAGGAGGAGUUGGAUGACGAGGAGAGCAACCUCGUGUCCCCCACCACCAAGGCCCCCGUCAAGAAGGCUGACAAGGACAAGGACGAUGACGACUUCGCGGGCACGGGUGUCCUCGGCACGCUCAUCCAGACGGCUGCGGCGGCCACUAGCGGCGACGACGACGAUGACGACGACGACGACGAUGACAAGAAGAGCAGCGAGACCACGACAGUCAAGACAACGGCCAGCAACAACGUGCAGGAUGACGAUGACGAUGACGACGAGGAGGAGGAUGGCCCCGGUGGCGUCCUCGGCUCCCUCAUCGACACGGCCGCGACCGCCACUGAGGACGACGACGAUGACGAUGACGACGAUGAUGACAAGGAGGACGACGACGAUGAGGAUGACGACGACGACGAACUGGACGACGAGGAAGACGAGAAGCCCAACAAAAAGAAGCCCGUCGUCACCGAAGUCGCCGAGGCGAGCGUCCACGACGAGCACGACCUGGUCGACGAGGAGAACGACGAGAGCAACGAGACGACGGGGCCCGCCAAGACUGCCGCCAACAAGAAGGACAGCAAGAACGACGAUGACGAUGACGACGACGAUGACGACGACUUCGGGCUGGACCUGACGGACGACGACGAGAAGAGGAGUGCGUCGUUCAAGCUGCUGUCGAGGGUGGCGCCCGCGCAGCCCGCGCAGCCCGUGCAGCCCGCGCAGCCCGUGCAGCCCGUGCAGCCCGCCGUCGCGAGGGGCCUUCGGUCGCGGACACACCGCCGGAUGAGGCUAUAGCUCAACGAAACGAUGCUCAAUGUCUGAUCUUGUAUUUAUUUUUUAUUUAUUUGAGACUUAAUUUAUUUUUGUAUUUAUUGAUAGCCAGGGAACGCAAAGGCUCUGACAGCUGACGGGUCAGUCGAGUCCCAAGCUCAACGCGCUUGGGGUCUGCCGAUCGGUACAAAUUGUGAAGGCCUCCCCGCCGCGCCGCGACGCAGCCCUCCAAAUUCUAAUUUAUUUCCCUCUCGGCCAGGCGUGCGUGCGUGCGUGCGGCAGGGUGGGGGAGGGUGGGGGAGGGCGCGCCUCCCGCCGCCCAGUCUGACUAGUCAGCUGUGAACUCAGCCAACUCCCUCGGCCGGGAUCCGUCAAGCCAAUUCUCAAACAGUGUGAUUCGUAAAUUAUUGAUUAUGAAAUUGUUUGUUUUGUUGUGUAUUUAUUUAUCUUAUUUAUUUUCUCAUGAGAAGGACAUGCGGUGCAAUUUCAUGGACUGCGCAAACUUAUUGGACUGCAUGCCCGUUUCUCGUUCUCAGUGUCAUCUCAUCAAGUCCAUUUGUAAUUGUUAAUGUAUGUACAAAGUCAUUGUUAUUUAUUGAAAUAAACCCCCUGCUCCUCGGAGGGCAGCGCCGAGGAACGAAGACCGA